UUCAAGGAGUCAGAAUGAGUGGGGUGGCCAUCUACCGCUCCAUUUACACCGAGGAUCAGUUUGCCCAGCGCUUCAACAGAUCCAAGGGUGAAGAAAACGUCACCGAGAGCUUUCAGCAGAUAGCGAGAAGGAGCUGCGCGUGCUCCGGGAAUGCUGGGAAGCGCUUCUGGAGAAAGCGAUUACCGUUCCUCACCUGGUUGCCCAGGUACAAAGUCAAGCGAUGGCUCAUUGGGGACAUUAUCGCGGGUCUGACUGUGGGGAUCAUCCACAUCCCACAAGGAAUGUCCUUUGCACUGCUGACCUCUGUGGCUCCAAUUUAUGGACUUUACACCUCAUUCUUCCCGGUUGUGCUCUACAUGCUUUUUGGAACUGGACGGCAUGUGUCCACAGGUACCUUUGCUGGGAUUAGUUUGAUGACUGGCUCUGUGGUUGAGCGAUUGGUACCACAUCAAGUGGGGUGGAACGUAACAAACCAGGAAGAUCCAGAGCUGGAGAAGCAGCGAAUAUCCGUGGCAUCAGCAGUGACCUUCCUCUCGGGACUGAUGAUGAUCUGUAUGUUUGUUCUGCAACUGGGAUUUCUUUCCACCUACUUGUCGGACCCAAUCGUGAAGGCGUUUACCAGUGGCACGGCUUUCCACGUCAUCAUCUCCCAGCUCAACACCAUGCUUGGACUGAGGCUCCCGCGCUUCACCGGACCCUUCACCCUCUUUAAGACGCUGGCAUCAUUACUUGGAGCUCUCUCUAUGACAAACAUUGUCGAGCUGAUUAUUUCUCUGAUUUGCCUCAGUGUGCUCAUUCCGAUGAAGGAAAUCAACAGCCGUUUCCGACAGAAAUUCAGGACCCCCAUCCCUAUCGAGAUCAUCAUGCUUAUAGUGGCCACAGCCAUCACCUUUGCUACAUCCCUUGAUGAACGUUGCAAUGUCCAGAUCGUGGGACACAUCCCUGCAGGAUUUCCAAGCCCUCAGUUACCAGCCCUGGGGAGCAUCCCGAAUCUAGUUGGAGACACCGUGGCGAUUACAUUUGUUGGCUAUGCUGUGUCUGUCUCACUGGCCAUGAUCUACGCCGACAAGCACAGAUAUAAGAUUGACCCCAACCAGGAGCUGCUGGCUCAUGGCAUUUCCAACACCAUCUCCUCCCUUUUCACCUGUUUCCCAAGUUCAGCUUCACUGGCUACAAGUAACAUCCUAGAAAGUGCUGGUAGCCACACACAGCUUGCCGGGUUUUUCACCUGUCUGGUUGUCUUGGCGGUGCUGCUUCUGAUUGGUCCGCUGUUUUACUUCCUGCCCAAGGCAGUCCUGGCCUGUAUUAACAUCACAAGCCUGCGCCAGAUGUUCCUCCAAUUUCAGGACCUCCCAGAGCUUUGGAGAGUCAGUCGGAUGGACUUUAUGGUCUGGGUGGUCACGUGGCUGGCUGUUAUCACCCUCAACGCGGACCUUGGACUCGCUGUGGGGGUGGUCUUCUCGAUGAUGACUGUGAUCUAUCGCAUUCAGAGAGCCGACUGCUCCAUGCUGGGCCGAGCCUCGAACACUGAGAUUUACCGCCCUGUGGAGGAGAACAGUAUGUGCCAUGAAAUUCCUGGUCUGAAGAUAUUGGCUUACAACGCCCCCAUUUACUACGGAAACAAAAACUUCUUCCGGGACGCCAUGACCAGAUUAAUUGGACUGACUCAGGAGAAGAUCAAAACAAGGGCAAAGGCCAAGAAGGAACUGGAGAAGAUAAACAAGAUGACAGUCGCCACCGUAGAGAAUGGCCUCCCACGAACUGCCUACUCACCAGACACAUCACCUGCAGGUGACCAACAGGAGGGGAUUCAAUCAGUAGUAAUUGACUGCAGUAGCAUCAUAUUCAUUGACACAGCCGGAGCAAGACUGUUUGUCCAGAUGUGCGUGGAGUGUCAGAAAGCUGACCUGUGGGUCUAUCUAGCAGAAUGUAACAAAGACGUUUUGAAAGUAUUAACAUGCAGCGGCCUACUUGAACACCUUCGUCCAGAGCAGAUCUUUGUAACAGUGCACGAUGCUGUUGUCUACUUGGAGCAAGUCAAGGAAGCAUCAUCACAAAAAGGCACAACAAUUUGGGUAUGAAAGCUGCCUGUGGACUUUCAGUUCAUUAGCGGGUUAAACCAGGCACUUAAAGGACAUUCACAACGUCCUGUAUGACCACGAUUAGCUUUCAAGGAUGCUUGAAAGGAAGUAAAUAGAUUCUGUUCAAGCUGGAACUCAGAGUGAGACUUAUUUUCUAACCUAAAAUGUGCAGUGUUUUGCUAAUGGAAUGCAGUUACAGAUUAAGCUGUAUAAUAUGGCUUUUUAGGGACUGACCAAUGGUGGCCCAAAGCAAAUGGUUGUUAGGUUCAAGCUAAAGGUCAUGUUUUACAAACCAGGUAGUCAACUUUAACCUCUCUUGCCAACAAUAUUUGGCAAGGUUUAAUCGAGAUGGAAUUCUAUUGCCAUUGGGAAUGCUUGAGAUUAGUAAAUGAGAUGUAAGCUGAUUAGUUAAAAGGCCAUCAUUUUCAUGGAAGUGUUUGGCAAACAUUGGAGAUGGAGGUGAGGAGGUUUGGGUCGAGAUGAGUGGUGUCCUUGCCUACAUGGGAUUGAGCUGAAUUAGAUGGACACCAAUUUAUAUCAUUAGUGUCGGUCCUUUUUUUUAAGCAGGGACAAACAGACACUGCUGGUUGUUUCUUGAAUUUUUCUUUAGUUGGAUUCGAGAAUUCCUCUAGCUCCAUGCACCCUGGGGCAUGGACAAACAGGCCAGGAUGUCCUCUCUCUGUCCACCUGAGGCAGACUAAUAGGAAACAAGGUUACUGAGGGGGCAGCUUGAAGGGAAAAUGAUCCAGCAUUCCUACCCCCUGCUUAUUCUACAGAAACUGGAAAGUACUUUCUACUGCAGUACUUCUACUGGAAAGUAUGUGCAGGUGCAUAUGUGUGUGUUUCAAAGCCAACAUGGCAUCAGCUGUGUUGUCCCUGAUACUGUAGAGAAAGACCUGGAGGCCUUUCAGCUCCUUGAGCUCAUACCCCCAUUCAAGUAAUGGUAGAUCUGUCAAACAACUUAAGAAAUGGGGGCAGGAGUCACCCACACGACUCCUCGAGCCUGCCCUGCGAUGCAUUGAAACCAGGGCUGAUCUCCUCAUGAAAUCGUAGACUCAUACAGCACAAAAACAGGCCCUUCAGCCCAGCUUGUCCAUGCUGGCCGAGGUGCCUAUCUACGCUAGUCCUAUUUGCCUGCAUUAGGCCCUGCUCCCUCCAUGCCUUUCCUAUCUAAGUACCCGUCCAAACACUUUUUUAAACAUUCUAAUUGUAUCAACCUCCUCUGGCAGCUCGUCCCAUAUACCCAGCACCCUCUGUGUGGAAAAACUUGUCCCUCAGAUCUCCCCUCUCACAUUAAACCUGAGCCCUCUAGUUCCAGUCUCCCCCUGCCCUGGGAAAAGACUCUGACUAUCGACCCUAUCUAUGCCCCUCAUAAUUUUAUAAAUCUCGAUAAGUUCACCCCUCAGCCUCCUAUGCUCCAGUGAGAACAAAUCCAAUCUCUGCUUCUAACUACAGCCCUCCAUUCCAGGCAACAUCCUGGUGAGUCUCUUCUGAACUCUCUCUAUUGCUACCACCUCCUUCCUGUAAUACGGUGACCAGAAUUAUAUACAAUACUCCAAGUGUGGUCUAACCAAUGUUUUAUACAGUUGCAACAUGACACCCCAAUUCUUAUACUCAAUGCCUUGGCCCAUGAAGGCAAGCAUACCAAAUGCUUUCUUUGCUCUCCUAUCAAUCUGUGUCACCAUUUUCAGCGAGCUCUGGACUUGCACCCCAAGAUCCCCCUGUACAACAAUACUCCCUGCCACUUACUCAGUAGGACCUACCAGAAUGUGACGUCCCAAAGUGCAUCACCUCGCACUGGUCUGGAUUAAAUCCGCCACCUGCUGCCGCUCUGUCCGACCUUCCAGCUGGUCUAUGUCCUGCUGUAUCCUCAGACAAAUCUCUUUGCUAUCUAUGAUUCCACCAAUUUUUGUGUCGUCUGCAAACUUCCUAAUCAGACCACCUUCAUUCUCAUCCAAAUCAUUUAUAUAUAAGCCUGAUAACCAAGGCCUCACCACCAAUCCCUGCAGCACACCACUGGUUACAGACUUCCAGUCAGUAAAGCACCCCUCUUGACCUCAGCUCCAUUUUUCGCCUGUUUCCCAUAACCUUGUUUCCCACAGACCAAACAUCUGUCCAUCUAUAAUAUCUAGAAUUUAGUCAAUAGCUCCACCUCCACAGCUCUCUGGGAUAAAUUCCAAAGAUUCCCAACAAUCUGAGGGAAGAAUUUUCUCUGUACCUAAGCUCUGUUGACCCACCUCAGCUCCAAAUUCCUUCAUCCUCUUGCCUAACAAAAAUCUACCCAGUUCAGAUGUGAAAUUUCCAGCUGACCCCAAUCCCAGCACAGUGAAGCUAAAACAGAAAGUGGCGUGGUCUCAAUUAAAUGCAAGUUAAAUCAUUUUACUCCCAAAAAGAAUAAUUUGGAAGUUACUUUGAGUAAUAUAAGACCUGAUAUGUGAAGAGUAUAACAUGCUUGGGAGAAUCAGGUGACCUUCGACCUCUGGUUCCCAAAUCUCUCCACCAAGGCGAUUACACGAAGAAAUAUUUCCUGAUGAGAACUCAGUGUAAGUUUAUGUCCCCUUAUUCAGUGCCCCCUCAGCAGAGGAAAACACUUCUCUCUAUCUUUCUCUGCCGAUCCUUUCAUCUCUAUCAGAUGGUCGGGCUCAUGACCAGUUGCCUUGCUGAGGCUUUUUACUUUUCCCUGACGCGCAGAGACGAGUCACUUGGCCGACAUGUUAGGCUGACCAUUACGUUGUGAGUCUGUGCUCCAACCACAGGCAGUGGCCUCAGGAGAACAAGGAGGACACCAACAAGCUUGGAGCUCAGUGCAAUGUUAAGACAACAAAAAGCAGAGAGGGGAAGGGUGGUGUCGAAAGCUGAAAAAUCAUAUUUACCCGUCAAUGGCAAUGGAUUUAAAGUAUUUUCAA